CGUCAUGUUUCCGUCCCUCCCUCUCCGCCUCAGUCCGCCGGCAAGGCUGCAGCUUCAGUCAGACUCCUCGGAACCGAACUACACCGAACAGCCAUGUCUGAGAAACUGCCCUACAAAGUCGCUGACAUCAGCCUGGCGGAGUGGGGCCGGAAGGCCAUCGCCAUCGCAGAGAACGAGAUGCCGGGCCUGAUGAAGAUGAGGGAUCUGUACGGCCAGUCCAAGCCGCUGAAGGGCGCACGCAUCGCCGGCUGCCUGCACAUGACGCUGCAGACCGCCGUGCUCAUUGAGACCCUGACGGCCCUCGGAGCUGAGGUUCAGUGGUCCAGCUGCAACAUCUUCUCCACCCAGGACCACGCCGCCGCUGCCAUCGCCAAAACCGGCGUUCCAGUUUACGCCUGGAAGGGCGAGACGGACGAGGAGUACGUGUGGUGCAUCGAGCAGACGCUGUACUUCAGAGACGAGGCGCCGCUCAACAUGAUCCUGGACGACGGCGGAGACCUCACCAACCUGGUGCACCAGAAGUACCCCAAGCUGCUGCCAGGUAUCCGCGGCGUGUCGGAGGAAACCACCACAGGAGUUCAUAACCUCUACAAGAUGUUGAAAAAAGGCGACCUGAAGAUGCCAGCCAUCAACGUCAACGACUCCGUCACCAAGAGUAAGUUCGACAACCUGUACGGCUGCAGGGAGAGUCUGAUCGACGGCAUCAAGCGAGCCACCGACGUCAUGAUCGCCGGGAAGGUCGCCGUGGUAGCGGGCUACGGCGACGUCGGCAAAGGCUGCGUCCAGGCGCUGCGGGCCUUCGGCGCCCGCGUCAUCGUCACGGAGAUCGACCCCAUCAACGCCCUGCAGGCCGCCAUGGAGGGGUACGAGGUGACAACGAUGGACGAAGCCUGCAAGGAGGGAAACAUCUUCGUCACCACGACCGGCUGCGAGGACAUCGUCCUGGGGCGUCACUUUGAGAGCAUGAAGGACGACGCCAUCGUCUGCAACAUCGGACACUUUGACUGCGAGAUCGACAUGAGCUGGCUGAACAAGAACGCCGCGGAGCGCAUCAACGUGAAGCCACAGGUGGGCGGCGUUCACCACUUCACCACCACUGCUCGCUGCCUCUCUCGGUCUCUGCUGAUCUGUUGUUCUGCGUUUCGCCCCUUGAGGCGUUGCAGCCCAACUCUCCGUGUUGCCGCUGCGUCAGAAGGGGCUCAGACCAACCGCUGGCGGUUUGAGGCGCCGACCUCUCCAGCUCUGAGAGACUCGGACUCGAACGCCAUCAACACGCCGCCGUGUUGCCAACCCGGUUCUGUAACCAUUUGUGGUUCUGUGCUGCAGCUGGAUGAGCAGGUGGCGGCGGCUCACCUGGACAAGCUGGGAGUGAAGCUGACCAAGCUGACGGACAAGCAGGCCCAGUACCUGGGCCUCCCCACGGACGGCCCGUUCAAACCGGACCACUACCGCUACUGAGCUCGCCGAAGGAGCGGCAGACUUCCUGUAAACGCUCUUCUUCCUCCGGGCCGCCUGGAGAAAAUUCCUCGUCAUUCCUGUCUGGGAGAGUCUGCACUGCAAAAACACAAAAUCUACCAAACGGUUGAGUUUAGUUUCUACAGCAAACAUCUGGGUUCUCCUGACGGAACAGAAUAAUGAAUCAGCAGGAUGGCAACUUGUUUUAAAUGAUUAUUGAAUAGUGAUCAAGUUUCAGCUGCUCGUUAUUGUUUCACUUUAACGGAAAAUGUUUUCCUAGGUGAAAAACUUCAAUAUUCAGUCAUUAUGGGCUUAAAACAAGCUGCUGCACAGCUUUUGAUUUUGACUUCUCAGAUAUUUGCACUAGAAAAUGGACAUGAAUUGGUAGCAUUCUGUGUUUUUCAGUGUAUCGUCUUUUAGCACUUAGCUGCUCGCGCCUGAAAUGUGAUGUAAUUUAAUGGAUGCUCCGAUCUGCCGGUUCCAGCUUGAAGCUCAAACAAUGAUGAAUAAAAUCAACUUUAAGGUUUUA